AGUAGUUUUCAGGCUUGAGACUAAGAACUCUACACACAGAAUGGCAUCUUACAUAUGUUGGAUAGAAAUAAGAGGAUCGAGCCACAGCCAGAAAGAUUCCAGAACUGCAGAGACCUGUUCGAUCUGAUCCUCACGUGUGAAGAGAGAGCGUAUGAUCAGGUGUUGGAAGAUCUGAAUUCCAAAGAGCAGGAGACCUGCCAGCCGGUGCACGUCAUCAACGUGGACAUCCAGGACAGCCACGAAGAGGCCGCCUUGGGGGCAUUCCUCAUCUGUGAGCUGUGUCAGUGCAUUCAGCACACGGAGGACGUGGAGAACGAGAUCGAUGAGCUGCUUCAGGAGUUUGAGGAGAAGAGCGGCAGAGCCUUCCUGCACACGGUCUGCUUCUACUGACCCAGCUGGCCU